AUGUUAAGUGGAUUCAAAAUUGAAGAACGCUAUUUAGGUAUUGUAGGUACUUCUUUGGUACGCAUCCUAAGUGUUUUAGAUUUAAACGCCAGAAAAAUAAAAAUCAAUGCCCCAAACAUGGUGUCUUUAAAAGGUUCAUUAUUACAAAGUAAUAUCUAUCUAAGUUUUCCAAUGGCAAUAGCUUUGUAUCCAAGUCUUGCUUUAUUCAACCAUUCUUGUGAUCCAAAUAUUCAACGAAGUGGAAAAAUCUCUACAAAAACAAGAGUAAUUAAAGCAAUCGAACCAAUUCCCAAAGGAAAUCAGUUAUUCUUUAAGUAUGGAAAGGUAAUAUUGAAAGAUGAGAUGACAAAAGAAGAUAAACAAAAGAUUUUCCAGGAUAAUUUCGAGUUUGAAUGCUCCCGCCAAUGUUGCGCUUGGUCACAAAAUCAAUCCAUACCAUAUGGUCCUUCUGAAAUAAAUAUCUUAAACCCUAGUAUGGCAGAUACUGUGAUAAAGGAGUGCAAGCGAUUUGAAGAAUUUUUAGAAAAUGUGGGCUAUGAUGAGUAUCAUUGUCAUUUAGAAUAUCUUUAUGGCUUUAUUAAGCUUUUAUUUACUAAUGUAAAACGACCAUUUGGAUUGUAUCAUAAGUGUCUUCGCAUAAUAAAUCAAGCACAUACAGGAUUAAAAUAUCCAAUUAAAUUUUUAGAUUAA